AUGUUUCCUAUGCACGCUCUCCCACUGGUCGAAGAUGAGGACUCUCUACAGGAUACAUUGCCACCUGUACUUCCAGGUUUCUUCAUCCCUCGACUCGCAGACAAGCCACAGAAUCCGAUAUUGGAUACCUUGAAAAGGGAACAUGACGAUAACGCUUCAACAAGGACCCAGAACUUGGAGCCGCCUGAAAUUGCUAUCAUGGCGGCAGAUUUUAGUGCGCUCCGUUUGGUAUCGGAACCUUUGGAAGAUGAUGACUCGCUGUGGAUCAAUGCCCUGGUCCAAGUUACCGGUGUAACGACUCGUAUAUUAUCUUGGGAUAAUUUGAGAUCGUUUCAAAGUAAACGAGCGGCGCAAACCGGGUUUCUAUCUGAACAGGGUAGCGGGACCUUUGCAUCUGUUCGGUAUCAUGUACAACCUCGUCUCCGUGACCCCGAUACAGAAGUCUUACAUGUUACAGCUGAUGUACUCUGGCGAAACCUCAAGAUGACUAUCUGCGGAAUUUCGUCGCAGCUACAUGUGUGGAAUCUGAUUUCCGAACAAUUCGUUCAGCUGGGCGUGAGGAACGGAAGAAAUGGCGUGAUCAUUGUCGACGGAAAAGAUGAAAGCAUUUCUGACAGUAUCUGUGCCUCUUUUCUACGCAUUGGGACCUUAUUACGACGGCUUGAAAUAUUUAUCGUCACGUUAAGAUCGAGAUCUCCGACAGAAGGGCCUACCAUUCAUGCGUUCGCUCACACAAUGUCGAACGUCUUGUCAUUCUUACGCGAAUCCCUAGCUGAGCAUCCAUUGACUCAAGAGCUUAUAGCAAAAGGCGCGCUUUCGACCAAACUCGCCUUCUAUGCUUAUUACGAAGAUAUCAUGGUUGUGUUAGCGAGACUAUGCGGAAGGGAUGAGGACAUUGAUCCUACGGACUAUAUAGUGCUCGAGUCACGACCGCAAGUUUUGCUUUCUCAAAUAUACGAUCACCUAAACAUCCACAUUGAACGGCGAUCACACAAGGAUAUCAUCGCCAUUCUAGCCUAUAUCCUCACAAGUACUUCUCCAGAAUAUCUUCUUCAGGUUUCCCGUUCUGUUGGCUUUGGCAAGCAUCGACCUCUGCCCCAGACUUCCCGCGUCAUCGGUGAUCGCUCUGAUGAAUAUACCAGCAGACUGUUUGAUGACACUGAUACUGCAAAACAAUUAAACGGUCUGGAAUCAGAGUCUUCAGACGUUUUCCCUGGGUUUUUCGCGGAAUUGUCCGAUGCCUUGCCGGCAGCUCGGAAAUCAUUGGUGUUACUUAUGGCGGCGCGGCCUGAUCACCCAAUGCUUAAGGCGCACUCGGCCGAAGAUAUCCGGUGGUUUUGGUCUCCUUCCGAAAUUGAUGAUGCUUUCAAUGAUCGUCCCGUUCGUCCUUCAUCUAACAACACAGACGUGCACAGGCAGGAUGACAAUGAACGAUCCUUCUCCCGUCCACCAGAAUUUUCUCAGUUCGAUGUAUUCGAUCUUGAACCGGGUGCACGCUCUAGUCAACUGUGCCUUGACCAUAUCUCUAUCGCGUCAACCACGAAAUUAAAAGCGUACAUCCAUAGUUUUCCGGAGACACUGCCCCUGAUAGCGCCAACCCUCCCCCAUCUCACCUCCCUUGUCCUCCGACCGUUGCUUGUUCAUGCAUCUAAAUUGUCUGGAGAACUCCUCUCCUUCUUUUUACAGCCGUCUACGCCUCUCAACAUAAGAACACACAUGAAACUGCUGCAAUCCUAUCUUCUGCUUGGUUCUCCUCAAUUCAAAUCCCGUUUGGCUGCAGCUCUAUUCUCAGACAAUGAAAACUACGAUGCCCAGGCUCGUAACCCAAUGUCCCUACAAGCCUUACGAAUUCGCCGCCGCAACCGUAGCAGCCGUGUCGACAUGCAGAACAGUGCUUGGGCCGUUGGUCUUGCACCUAGUCUUUUGGAUCGAGAGAUGUGGCCGCCCGUUGGCGCUGACUUAAGCUUUUUCCUGCGGACUGUGAUUGUGGACUCGUUCGAAUCAGGAUUGUUGGAGGAAGUAGACAACAGACUAGGCUUUGCUAUUCGUGAUCUUCCUACUGGUCGGGGACGAGACAGGUGGCUUAAUCCGCUUUGUGCGUCUCUUGACUUCCUUUACAUGGAAUACAAACCUCCCCGCCCUUUGCAGGUAUUGAUCACGCCUGAAAUUUUAGCGAAGUACCAGAGGAUGUUUACGUUUCUUCUUCGCUUGAUGAGAGUUGAACACGCGAUUACGGCUGUGUUCCGCAUGACACGAUCACUUGAUGCUCCGCUUUUCCCAACAUUGUCAGCACCGAGAAAGAAAUUACUACAUCUCCGAUUUAUUUCGCACUCCUUAGUGUCUACGUUAUGUCAAUACAUUUGCGACACUGCGAUUGGUGGCAACUUCGACACAUUCCUGGAACGAUUAUCACCUCAUGCCCCACCUUUCCUUCACAAUGGCGAGCCUUCAGGCUUUUCGGAUGUCUUUGCAUUAGCUCGUGCCCAUUCCGUGUUGUUGGAUGACAUCCUGAGUGCUUGUCUCAUGCGCUCAAGUCAGAGACAGGCCGGUGAUUUGCUACGUGAUUCCCUUGAACUGAUUUUAGAGUUCUCCAUCCUCGCCGGACAACUGAGGCGGAAGAGCUUAGAAGAAUAUCAAGCUGCUCCAUUACUUGACGACCUCUACACAAGACUUCGAAAGAAAAUGUUAAAUUUUACUAGUGUGGUGAAGUCGAUGGUUGACAGCAACAUCUCCACUACCAUGCAGACCGCUCACCCUGAGGGUGAUCGAUAUCUUCGCAAACCCCCAGGAGGGACACAGGCAUUGGCAACGCUGUUGCUCCGGCUGGAUACGGCAAGAGACUGGUGGGCGUGA